AUAAUUUCAUGCAGUCGAACCGAUGUGGAACACUGAUUUCUAUCGUUUUGCUCCAGUUUUCCUAYGAAUGGWAAAUAUUUAUACAUAAAAACAGAAUUUACUGAGUCCAUAUUCCAAGCUUUKUUGGGUAUGAUGAUGCUGAGGUCUUUUUUUUCUGUGAAGUCGUUGGACGACUAACCUCUACAGAUCUCUACGGGUCAAUGUGAGUAAAAUUACUUUAGGGACGUUUACGUAUUUCACCUCUUCCCGUCAAACUAUAUAUCAAUAUUGUUGAAAAAAACUUUCAUUAAGUAUUGAGUAUUUGGAGUUAAASUGUGGAAAACCAUGAUAAUCUACCGGUUAAGCGUCUUGGCUAAAUAACGCGGACUGGACUUUGAGAUUAUCACUACAAUAAAAUURCUAUGUCCAAGAGAGGAUCUGGGAUGAGGUCUUCACUAUCCGCAGACGAUGUUGGGUCAUCCACCAAAAAGCCUGGAAAAUUGUCAGCAGAUUUCCUUGCUAAGUUUGAGUCAGCGGAUUCGGCUAUUGGUGGUAGCACUGGAGCCAUCCCAAAAAGGCUUUCGCACGCAUCGAGCUCUGAGAUGGGUUCAACAUCAGCGUCUCAUGAACAUUUACAAUCCAUUAAGCCACAUGUUAAAAUCUCUGAACCUCCUCACAGAAAUGAAGAAACUGUYRMUGGCGCAGACAACAAGAAUGAGAAAAAAAGAAAGUCAAUUUGGAAAUGGAAGCCAUUGAAAAARAUGAGAAGAUUYUUUAGUCGGAGGAAGAGUUCCGGAAGGGCAAAGUCUUUUGAAGAUCUUCGUACAGAAAGCUAUCGGCCAAAGAGUACUAGCGAUGAACACGCUCCUGUUGUGAAGGAACUCAGACAACGUCAUGGAAGCAGCAGUGAUGACUUAAGUGCUUCAUCAGAUACUUUUGCGUCGAAAACACAGUCGCUACCAGUCCUCACGUCACCAGGGAAACUACGAGAUUACGAAUCUACUGAAGAAGCUGGUGUCAGUUUUGAGGAUGAUCCCAAUUCCACGUCGCUUGAGGGCCUACAAGCAGCUCAUGACAAAAUUAAGCUUGCACCCAAAAGACGGCGACCUCCUUCAAGGAAAUCCGGGAGUGUUACUUCAAGUUUGUCGGCCGAUUCUCCUCUUCACAAGGAACAAAAGCCGUCGCACAGACGUUCAAAAACUGAUCCAAAAGACCUUACUAAGGAUCGCCUUGACGUAAGCCUUGAUUCAACCUCUCUAUCAGAUAUAUUGAACAACACCAUCUUUGAAGAGGAAGAGUCAGCAAAGUCACCGCCUGUGACUGUCAAAGAAAAGGUCAUCGACGAAAGAAAAGCAGCUAUGGAUGAUAUUGCUUCCAGAGCAAAUGAAGCUUUGGCUCGUGCGACUGAACGAUCAAAAGUCGCAGAGAAAGAGGUCAAGGAUACUGUUAAGAAAGAUGAAGUGGACAGAACUAUAUCGACUAAAUCUGAGACUGGAUCUUCAAAAUAUACUGAACGAGAAGUCAAUAAGACCAAUGAAUUGCCCAAGACCGAGGCUGAAGUGAAAAAGAAGUCAGAGCAAACCAAAGCUGAGAUUUCUGGAUCCCAAACGUUUACAGAACAAGAAGUCAAGAUCCCACCUAGAAAUAGUCAAGAUCUCCCCAAUAGAAAUAAGGGAUCAAGAACAUCGUUACCAAAACUUGAUACGACUAGUCCUAUUAUGACGUCGCCAGUUGAGUCAGAAGUUAAAAGAGAAUCCAAGAGACUUUCAUUGGAUGAAAACAUGAGAAAGAGCUUCACUGAAUCCGUCGUUGUCUCCAAAUCAGAAUCGGAUAUUUUAAGAGCUGAAUUCACUAGCCUACUCCAAAGUGAAGUUGCGGGCAAACUUUGUAAUGAUGAUAAGACGUCUGGGGAAUCGAGUAAGGAAAAUAGCCCCAUAAAGACCACAAUGCAAUCAGAAACCACCGAAAGCAAACCACCGCAAGUCAUACCGAAACCAUUCAAACGAGGUAAAUCUUGGUCCAAUAACUAUACACCUAAGCCAAUUGAGUUACCUAUUAAACACGAUAAGGAGGACACCAAGAAAGAAACUAUAAACAAUAACACUCCAGAGAAAACGAGUAAGAGCAAUGACGAAGAGAGCACAUCGCCAGUUUCUGAGAAGAAAGAUUUUCGAUUCAGYAGGACAAAGUCUUGGUCUUACGGUAUGAAACCAGGAGACCUAAAGAAAGCUAAUGCCGAUGGUCUCAAUUCAAAAGGAAGUACUAAAGAUACAGAAGGAUCAUCUAGUGAUGUCCAGGAAGCGCCUUCCUGGGUUGCAAAGGCAAAUCGUAUGUCUCAAAGAAUCUCUCAGCUGAUUCAAGACGACGUGACUUCGGAAGAAAAUCAGACCCCAACUCUGCCAAAAACACCAGUCGCGAAAGAUUCACAGCCAACUAAACCAAAUUCGCCCUCAAAUCCUGUCAAAGAAAAUCCUCAAAAACCAAAGCCACUUACCAAGAAACCAUUAAUAAACGAAGACAAAAAACCAUCCCCAGCAGCCAAACCAAAACCGCCAAGCAACUUUGUGAGAGGCUCAGCGUCGUUACCACGUAUUGUUGGYAACAAAGCUAAUUUAGAGACUAAAACCGCUCCUACACCAGCAGAUCGCCGUAGCGAAGCAACCAAAAAGACGAUUGAACCCGAGAAGUCCGUGCAACAAGUUGCCAGAUCGUCGUAUGGAAAUGUCAAGAUCGAAAAAUGUAUCGUUUGUGGYACAACUGUUUAUCAGAUGGAAAAGUGCAAAUUUGAUGACUCUGUACUGCAUCGGAAUUGCAUUAAAUGCUCAAUUUGCAAAAGACUUUUGACUGUUGGGAACUUCGUGAUGACCGAGAGCAAGAUAUAUUGUAAGCCUCACAGUCGGGCAGUCGUUGCAGUGUCUACUUAACGUACCACGAAUUACAUAAUAUUUCAACGUCUCAUACUAGUGAUCUUACUCUACAAGACUACAUACCUCYUGCUAGUAUUAAUGAUUGUUGUGCAACGUACACUGUGCCAGACAAUUUGAUAGCGGAAUUUCAUUUUUCAAGGCUUCYGAGUUUGGCCGUCUUAAGAACGUASAGUGUCACAGAAUUAUCUUCAGUGGUGUCACGCUGUCCACAACGAGAAACCGAGGUUUGCGACACUUUUGUGACUGAUAUUUGUUAGUCCACRGUAUGAUAUUAGUAAUGUUUUUGCAUGCACAAUCGUAAUGCACUGUUUAGUGUGCAUUACAUGAAACAAURGACAGACUUUUUUUCUUUGACUAGUCUACAACUGCAUGGACCCGGCUCUUUUUUGCCAAGGUGUGCACAAAUAUCAUUAACAUGAUUUUGCUAGAUCGUAUGAUCGARGUUUUUUAAUUGAUUGAAGCCGUUAAAAGCUAUAAAAAAAUACUUAAAAUCGACAUUUUAGAUAUAGACAAAAUUAACAAACCAUCAUGAAAAUAUACUCAUUAGAUAAGACUUUUCAAAACCAGAGCUCAUGAAUGUCAACUCUGGUCACUACGUACAUUUUCUUAGGUGAUAUCUGUUAGAUCUAGUGCUGUUUGAUAACGUCCGAGACAUCAAUCUAGCAAGCAAUAGAUGUUUCAGCUUUGCACCGUCACUUGAUUGCGGCAAUGCUUACCCAUGCAAAGAAACAMAAAAAUUUCCAAAAGAAAGGAUAAUUUUUGCGCUACAUAACAGGGAUGGCAUUCUAAUGUCAUAGUGCAAUGGCCGCUAUCACUUGACAGUGAAAAAUCUCUAUAAAUUCAAAGCUGAUGUAAGAAAAAUAACACGGAAGAAUGUACUUCCAUCAAAGUAUUUUUCCAUACAGUACGAGUCUACAGAUAAUUUUGAAAAAUGAUUUUAUUUUUCUAAUUUAUACGACAAAGWUGUUCAUCUAUAUAAUCUUUAAUAGAUGAUUUAUCACAAUUCGCAAAAAAAAAACACAUUGUAGGAGUGGUCAGUAACUUAUAUACAACAAUUUCAAAAAGGAUGUCCAGCCGAGAAAAAGAAAAGUCACUUGAAUCUUGCCAAAUUGAGCUGCGGUUAUGUUUCAAUUGCCCUAUCGCAAUAUGACGUCACMGUUCGUUCUCAAUGAAAACAGAAAUUUGGACCCAUUAACAUUAUAUCCGAAGGUGGAAAUAUAAUUUAUUUUAGUUUUUAUAUAUGUCAUGCAUCGAUGAUGCAUUUUCGUUGAUAUACAGUCACUGUUCCCAUAUACCCCAUAGCAUAAAAAAAAUUAUAAAAUGUUUUAAUGUGGCAUUAUAAUGUGAUAGGGCAAUUCAAAAACGCAAYGUAUGGUGUACCUGUUGAAAAAAAUCGAUCGUGGGAGGGACUAAUGGCGACGAACUGGGAAUUCUUAAAACUGGUGUGUGACGGAAUUAUAUGCUUAUUACAUAUCUAAUGAUGUAACAACAGUUCAAAAUGAGUUCCUGUUUUCCUGAAUCUUACUAAGUCGACAGUUUUUAUUCACCAGUCUCCGACAAUGUUUUUAGUGCCUGUCAACUGAAUUUCCUUUUUGAGAAUGAUGGUGUGAACAAAUGAAUUUAAUAGCGACAAGUAAGCAGCAUGAUUGUAUCAAAUAAAUACUAAAAACAAAUUUAMAUGUA